CCGCAACAUCGCGCAUACCUCUCUCUCUAUAUAGACACACACUGAAUAUACACGAAUAUACACAUAUACCAUAUUCUUUUGUUCAGACAUUCAAAGAACGUAGUCUUCUCUUAGGCACGAUGAAACCAUCCAUUCCCAAUCAUACGGCGGAGGAUGAGGAUCAGGCCAUCACCAGGCGGAUCAAACGGCUCUCGUUGCACCUCAGCCCAACGACACCACCCCUCCAAUAUCCCCUCUCCGACCUCCGGCUUCUAUCGUGCGCCGGCGGCAGAGCGAAGCUUGACGUGAGCACGGAGCACCUAUCUGACUACAUGAGGGGCAAGCACAGGGACAUCCAAGAGAGGGUGUUCGAGUAUUUCAAUUCCAGACCUGAUCUUCAGACCCCAGUCGAGAUCUCCAAAGACGAUCAUCGUGAGCUCUGCAUGAGACAGCUUGUGGGUCUGGUCAGAGAAGCUGGAAUUAGGCCUUUUAGGUACGUUGCUGAGGACCCAUCAAAGUAUUUUGCCAUUGCUGAAGCUGUUGGCAGUGUUGAUAUGUCGCUCGGUAUCAAGAUGGGGGUUCAGUACAGUCUUUGGGGAGGUUCUGUGCUCAAUUUGGGAACUAAAAAACAUAAAGAUAAGUACUACGAAGGUAUUGACAAUUUGGAAUAUCCUGGUUGUUUUGCUAUGACAGAACUACAUCAUGGAUCCAAUGUACAAGGCCUCCAAACAACUGCUACUUUUGAUCCAUUCACAGACGAAUUCAUAAUCGACACACCCAAUGAUGGGGCCAUAAAAUGGUGGAUUGGCAAUGCUGCAGUUCAUGGAAAAUUCGCUACAGUUUUUGCCAGGCUGAUGUUGCCAAAUUAUGCUACAAAAGGAGUUUCUGAUAUGGGUGUUCAUGCCUUCAUUGUUCCUAUUAGGGAUAUGAAGACCCACCAAACACUUCCAGGGAUUGAAAUACAUGACUGUGGCCACAAAGUUGGCUUGAAUGGAGUAGAUAAUGGAGCAUUGAGAUUCCGUUCAGUAAGAAUUCCCCGAGAUAACCUUCUUAAUCGAUUUGGAGAUGUCUCCAAGGAUGGGAAAUACACAAGCAGCCUUCCGUCCAUUAAUAAAAGAUUUGCUGCCACACUGGGGGAACUUGUUGGAGGGAGGGUUGGCCUUGCAUACUCUUCAGUUGCUGUCCUCAAGGUUGCUGUCACAAUUGCCACCCGAUAUUCUUUGCUUCGACAGCAAUUUGGUCCACCCAAGCAACCCGAAGUCAGUAUUCUUGAUUACCAAUCUCACCAGCACAAGCUGAUGCCAAUGCUUGCUUCAACGUAUGCAUUUCACUUUGCCACACUGCAUUUGGUGGAGAAAUAUUCUGAUAUGAAGAAGUCUCAUGAUGAACAAUUGGCGGGGGAUGUCCAUGCGCUCUCAGCUGGCCUCAAGGCUUAUGUGACAUCUUAUACGGCAAAGUCCUUGAGUAUAUGCAGGGAAUCCUGUGGAGGUCAUGGUUAUGCUGCUGUCAAUCGGUUUGGUAGCUUAAGGAAUGAUCAUGACAUAUUUCAGACAUUUGAAGGGGACAACACAGUGCUUCUACAACAGGUAGCAAUGGACCUCUUAAAGCAAUACAAGGAGAAAUUCCAAGGUGGGACACUUGCUGUCACAUGGAACUACUUGAGAGAGUCCAUGAAUACUUAUCUGUCUCAGCCAAACCCGGUAACCGUUCGCUGGGAAGGCGAAGACCAUUUGCGAGAUCCUAAAUUCCAAUUAGAUGCCUUCAGGUAUCGUACAUCACGACUGCUUCAAAGUGUCACUGUGCGACUUCGGAAGCACUCUAAGAAUCUUGGGGGCUUUGGUGCUUGGAAUAGAUGUUUAAAUCACCUUCUGACACUUGCAGAGUCCCACAUUGAAUCAGUCAUCCUUGCAAAAUUCAUUGAAGCUGUUCAGAGCUGUCCCGACACAAGUGCUCAAGCUGCUUUAAAACUUGCCUGUGAUCUUUAUGCCUUGGAUCGAAUCUGGAAUGACAUAGGAACUUACCGUAAUGUGGACUACGUGUCACCCAACAAAGCAAAGGCAAUUCACAAGUUAGCGGAGUACCUGAGUUUUCAAGUGAGGAAUAUUGCAAGAGAACUUGUAGACGCAUUUGAUCUUCCAGAUUAUGUAACACGGGCCCCAAUCGGCAUGCAGUCAACUGCAGAAGCUUACUUGCAAUAUACCCAGCAUGUUGGAUUCCAAGUCCAAGGGAAGGGGAUAGCAACUUCAGAGUUCAGAUAUGUUUGAACAGAAGAUGUUGAAGUAGAGGGAAUAGUAAUAGUGAGAAGACCUUUAUUCAUGUUUUCCUAAUCCAUACCUUCACUUGUUCUGUUUGGCAAAACAGAUUAGGUAUUAAUCCCUCAAUGAGUGUUGGUACCUCAUAAAAUCUGAAAUGUUAUGUUUGGGCCUUAGAAGAAUAAUGUUAAAAAGUGAACUAUUGAACUGUUUUCCAAAUUUUAUUUGAAAAGAGUUCACUGUAAAUAUUUGACUAGUAGUGUAGAUGCCAAUGAAUGUCUACUUUUCCACAAACAAUUUAUAUAUAUGAAUUGCAGAUUUGCUGCUGUUUCACCAGAAGAA